CUUAAUUUGUCAAUGAUGGGUCAUACCAAUAAAACAUGACAUGACAAAUGAGUUCAGAGGUCAACUGAAUAAGCAUUUAUUUAUUAGCAGUAAUAUCCACUUAAAGUUGUAGAAACUAAGGUCCGCAAUCAUGUAUAAAGUCAUAUUUACAUACCCGGCCUCCACGGAUACAGACAUAAACCUUUGUGUGGGAGAUACUGUAUCAAACGUUGAAGAUGUUGGUAACGGCUGGUCAAUGGGACAUAAUAGGUCCACUGGUAAAACUGGCACAUUUCCAACUAAUUUCAUUGUUAGGAAAUUGUCAUUCAAAGACAAGGUCAAAAGAAUGUCAAUGGCAAAAAAGAUGACUGACGAAUUAGUCCUCAUGUCCAAAAACAAGAGUGAAAGUACAGAAACUUUGGUUCCACGAAACAAGGCCAAAAUUCCUGAUGAUAUCUUACAAAAAAGACUUUCUCAUGUUCCUGGACAUUCAAAUAUCAUAGGUGUCAGACUUCCUAAACUGGUUCCAAAGCCAGUCAAAUCCUUUGGAAAGAACUUUGUCAACAGCAGCCGUGGAGAUCACAGGAUCGUAAAAGGUAUCUUUGGGAUAUUUGGAGGUUUUAUUGCCUGUGGAAUCCUGUUUGUUCUCUUGAGAUACAGUUAUGAGUAUUCUCUACAAAUCUCUUGCUACAUAACACUAGGAUUUUCCCUCCCUAUAUGUGCAGCAUUAGCCGUGUCUACACACAUGAGAUGUAUCUUUUUACUAAUGGUUCCCAACUUGUUCACUGGAAAGGGACGGACUGUAUUCAUGUCCAUUAUAUUCGCCCUGUUACUUGCUGGUCCUGUAGUAAACAUUGUCUACAAUGCAGAGCAAGCAUCGCAAUCAAUGGCCUGCACCCAGGAACUGAUCUAUAACCAGACUUCCAUUCUUAGAGGUCAACUAGAAGAACCAAUCAGAUUAAUAGAGAGGAGAAUUUAUGAAGGCCUUGUCAAACUGAGGAACAUUGCAAAUUCUAUCAAAAAUACUAUAGCACCAGUUACUGAUGCAGUAAAGGCUUUUGCUAAUGGUCUCAAUGCAGCUAAAAAUGCACUAGAAAAUGCAGCAAAGGAAUGUAGUAAUGGUAUUAAUACUGCCCAGUCUAAAUGUGAGACAGGAAUAAACAAUGCUAAAUCUGAGUGUGAAAAAGCUCUCAAAUCUGUUGACCCUACAAAGGAUAUUAUCAACUUUGGGAAAGAUGUAGCCAAUACUGGGGAAUCAAUAGGAAAUGGUUUGCGUAGAUUGUUUGGGAAAAAAAGGAAAAGAAGGAGAGCUAUUACAAAGGAAGAGAAAAAUGCAAUAGAGUUAGCUAAACAGUUGAUUGGGCAAGAAUCACCCUUACAAAGAUAUGAUAUCUAUCUAAAAUCUAAGAAUACUGAGAUGAUAACCAAUAACACCCGACUGCAUAAACAGCAUUCACUGAAAAGGUCAAAAAGAGGUGUUUUGCAUAAGAUAUGUGUGGUUCUUGACAUUGAUGAUGUUUGUAAAGUUGUCCAAGUAGCCAAUGUACUUGUCUGUAAGCCUAUAAAAUUCAUAUCCACUGUCAUAGAAGGUGCAAAUACUGCAGUUAAUUCUGUCCUUAAUGAAAUCAUCUCCUUCUUUUAUUUUGACUUUGAUGGAGAUAUUAGUGCAAAUGGGAAUAUCAAUUCCUCAAAAACAGCAGCACAAAUCAUAUCCCAAGUUAAAGAUGACAUACAGUCUAGAACUAAAUGGAUUCUAACAGUAUCUGGUAUAGUCAGUAACAUUCUCGUCAUCACUCUAUUGUUAUUAUUUCUAAAGUCAAUCUUCUAUCUUAAGAAGUUUCUCAGUAAGGAUCGCUAUGACAAUAUCUACAUUUCAAAGGCUUUUAAGACUUACGACCAGCAAUGCAAGGCACAGGGAAAACCAUCAGUUUUACCGCUGAAGAGAAAAGAAUGCAGAAACUACGCUGACACUCGGUCACCAUGGCUAUCAUCGAAAGAAAUAGAUCAUGCUAAAACUGGUAUUACUAAAAUUGGAAUUCAUCUCUUGAUAGCAACUGUAAUCAUUUUCUUUGACUAUGUUCUUUAUUUUGUUCUGAUGCUUAUUGAUCGCUAUGGUAAUCUGAAUAUAAAAAUCGGUGGCAACAGUUACCUGAAUGUAUCAGUAGAGGGCAGUGGAUUUAUUUCAGCAUUUUUAAGAGCUUUCCUAAGCACUAUCGAAUUGGAUUCAGACUUUGGAGUAGAGUUUAACCUAACAACUUGUAUCCCAACUCCCAGUAAACCAGAUGACAAUAAUAUCUACAAGUUUAGUUUUCUUUAUUUCUUUGCAUUUGUGUUCCUUAUAAUGCAGGCUUAUGGUUUACGUUUACGAAGGAAAAUUGUCACAUUCUUCUAUCCAGAGCGAGAUAUUGAGAGGAUAAAAUAUCUUUAUGAGAAAAUACGACACCAGAGAAAAUCUCUGUUGAAUUGGUUGACCCAGCAUGUCAUAUCUCGGAACAAGCAAUUCCAUAUGGAAAAUCGUAUAACUUUCCGUGGAUGGAUGGAAUACCGAUGUCCCAUAUUUGCUAAAUAUUUCUGCCCUUGUCUACCUAAAUAUAACAGAUGUAUCAGCUGUGAAAAUAAGGAAGAUGGGAGAAUUCGCUUCCAUCAAUGUGAUAAAUGUCAAUCUAAUUACUGUGAGGAAUGUUUUGGAGAUAUGAAAUACAUUUGUCUCAUUUGUAAUGCUAAAUCAAACAUGUCAAAAAGGUGACACCCCAUGAUUAACUAUGCAACCACAUGCAACAUUCGGCCUUGA